GGGUCCUGGCUUUACCUUGCAGUUAGGGGAUAUCCUGGAUGCCUCACGGCUUCAUUUCCCAUGGCGGCCAACACAUUGGUCGUUUGUAUACCAUUCUUCGCUUGACUUUGAUGGCUGCAUCUCACAGUCCCUCUUCUGCAUCCGGCUGAGUUUGGGCCUCUUCAGAUCCAGCUGCCACCACACUGCACAGGAAUAAAAAAACGUCCCUCUGGGAACCGGCAGGAAUUGUGACUCGUGAUAUAUAAAUGCAGAUGGGUGACAUUCUCUCUACUCACCUGAAUGAGCUCCCGCAUCCCCUGGGCCAGCCACACUGGGACACACACAGAAGGUUAGCCAAGGCUCAACCAAGAAAGGCUAGCCUUACAUGUUCAGGCGAGCUCCCAGCAUGCUCUUUUGUGCUACUCAUGGUCACCGAGAGAACAUCAGAGGCUGCCUCUGUUCCAGCCAGACUUUUCCCCAUCUCUGAACCCCAGAUUCUUCAGUUCUUCUCACUGAAGUCAAGAGUAACGCACACAGCCCAAGGCUUGUUACAGAGAGCGUCACUCGCCACCCGUGUUCCAGGCAAAGUGCGUCCUCUUCAAGCCUGCGCACUCAGCAGCUGCCACUGGACACAUAAACCAUCUCACUGAACACAUAAAUGCCAGCGUUGAGGCCCUAGCGGGUGAUGAGUCCUACCUGUUCCCAAGAUUUACAUCCAGGGUGUGAAAGUCAAUAAAAACUAAUUAGAUGUUUACC